AAACGGAAGACUUGGAGAGCCCGACUCGAACCGAACAAGGCUCCUGUAGUCUAAAUGCACUCAACCGAACACGACGGAACACCGGGACACACCGCGACAUACUCUCACAGCCGACGACUGGGGGAGACCAUGUGAAGAUCUUCGGUUGUCACCAGUCAGCAGAAACCGGGAAAGAUGGCGAAGAAAGCGGCUGGCGUGCUCCUCGCCCUGGCUUUGCUGGGCUUUUUCUUCCUCGAUGUGUCGGUGAAAGGAGAGUUACAGGAGGUGGAGGAGGAGGCGGAGGAGGAGGAGAGGUCCUGUCAGGGCGCCUUCGACCUCUACUUUGUCCUGGACAAAUCUGGCAGUGUAAAGAAUCACUGGAUAGAGAUUUACUCAUUUGUUGAGCAGGUGGCAGAGAAAUUUAUCAGCCCCAUGCUGCGAAUGUCCUUCAUUGUCUUCUCCACAAAAGGAACCAUCAUCCUGAAACUGACGGAGAAUAGGGAAGCCAUCACUGGAGGCUUGACAUCCCUGAGGAAGGUUGUCACUGGAGGAGACACAUUUAUGAACUUAGGUCUGGAGAUGGCUAAUAUGCAGAUACAUCAAGAGAAGCGCGGCACAGCCAGCGUCAUCAUCGCUCUAACGGACGGGGAACUGAAUGAGUGGCAGUUUGACACAGCUCAACGAGAGGCUGAAAGGGCCCGGUCUAUGGGAGCCAUCGUUUACUGUGUAGGGGUCAAAGAAUUCAACGAGACCCAGCUUGCAACUAUUGCAGAGGGUGUGGACCACGUGUUUCCUGUAUGGGGAGGCUUCCAAGCCCUGAGGGAAAUCACUGACUCGAUCAUCAAGAAGUCCUGCAUUGAGAUUCUAGCCGCAGAGCCGUCCAGCGUGUGUGCAGGAGAGAGUUUCCAGGUGGUGGUAAGAGGCAAUGGGUUUCUCCAUGCCAGAAACAUUGACCAGGUCCUCUGCAGCUUUAAACUAAAUGAUACACUCACUGUGGACGAGAGGCCGGCUGGAAUAGAAGAUACCUUCCUGCUCUGCCCUGCUCCUGUUGUAGAGGAGGUUGGGAGAGUAAUCUACCUGCAGGUGAGCAUGAACGAGGGCCUUUCCUACAUCACCAGCUCUGUUCACAUCACCACUACAGAGUGUUUUGACGGCACCAUUGUGCUGGUGUCGUUGCUGGCUGUGUUCCUGCUGUUGGCUCUGCUGCUGAUGUGGUGGUUCUGGCCUCUGUGCUGCACUUUGGUGAUCAAAGAACCUCCACCACCUCCUCCCCCAGAGCCAGACUCAGAUGAUGAAGACGGGAUGCCAAAGAAGAGGUGGCCCACGGUGGAUGCGUCCUACUAUGGAGGAAGAGGAGUGGGUGGCAUCAAACGCAUGGAGGUGCGAUGGGGGGAGAAAGGGUCCACUGAGGAAGGCGCAAAGCUGGACAAACCUAAAAAUGCAGUAGUAAAAAUGCCGGAGCAAGAAUUUGAACCGUAUGAGCCAAAGCCUCGAAAACCACCACGUCGCCGCCCACUGCAGAGGAAGUGGUACUCCCCCAUUCAGGGGAAGCUAGAUGCUCUGUGGGCUCUGGUCAGGAGAGGUUACGACCAGGUAUCUCUGAUGAGGCCACAGCCGGGAGAUGAGGGUCGCUGCAUUAGUUUUCAGCGGGUCAAAGACGGGGAGUCCAGCCCAAACCACCAGGCUCCUCCUCACCCACAACACUCCCCCCUGCCGCCGCCUCCUCCUCCCUCUCCUCCUCCUCCGCCCGCCGAACAGCGACCUCUGGUCUCCAACUCGGUGCCCCGUACAAAGCCUCCGUCGAGGGGGCCCCGCACCACGCCGCCUUCCCGAGCACCCCCUUCCGUGGUCCAACUACCUCCAGGUCCACCCCCAGCUCGGGCACCCACAGGGCCCCCGGGACCCCCGCCAUCUCGACCCCCGCCAAGGCUCUGACGAAGAAAAGGGGGCCGUCGAUAAACAACUUGAUACAUCAACUCAUUGCAUGAAUCACCCUUGUACUUCUUUCACUGCAGAGACAACAGAGGCCAGGAGCUCUGUGCUUUGUUGCUGGACAGCAAAAAACUAUUUAGCGGAUACCAAAAUCAGCUUUUAGAGCCCCCAAAAUAAAUAACAUUCAACAACAAACUAGCUUGAUUAAAAAUGCAUGUAGAGUAUUAUAUUGUGACUUAAGUGGUGCAAUCCUGCGAUCUGGGUGGAAAAUACCCCAAAUAAAGGAGCUGAGAAUUAGAUUGUGGUGCUUUCUGUACGAGUGAUGCAGGUAAAUAGUUUGCUUUGGGUUGGUAGAGAUUAAUGUCGAGCAAGGACACGGCGAAAAAUACAGCAUGUAGUGAAAGACGAGAUCAGCGACGUCGGUCAUGUUUCGGUUUGCAAAUGUACACAAAUCCCCCCCAAAUUAAUUUGUCAAUGUUCAGUGGUUUAAUUGCAACUGCAGGGCAGUUUCUUCAAAUUAUUUAUUAUAGUAAAAUCUCCAUCUGCAUCGGUUUUGUAUUCCGUGUCAAGCGGCUUUCUGGGUUCUCAAUUCUUUGGGGGAGGGUAUCAAGAUGGAUAUAAAGCAGCAUUUCUGUGGUGACAUCAGAUGUAUUUGUGCUUAUUUGGUUCCUGGUUAUCAGGUGGAAGAUUGCAUUGCACAUCUGUUGCAUUGCAUUUACUGACUGAAAUGAUAAUUUGCAUUAUUUCAUUAUUAACUUUUUGUGGCUGCCUUCAAUAAACUAAAUGUUUUUCUAUCGGAAGCUUUGCUGGGAUUUCUUUCAUGGUCAUGAAAAGUGUUAAGUUUGGUAAUGUAUUUCAAGAGGACAUUUUGCAUCGUCAUACAGUGAAUCAGCGUAGAAAUAUGUUAGGGUCACUGCUACAGACAC